CUAUGCCAGAUGACAAGAAGAAGACGCUGGAAGAGGAGGAGGACAUCAUCUCCAAGGCCAUCGGGGAGUUCGGCAAAUGGCAACUACUCGUGACCUUCCUGCUGUCCCUCUUCAACAUACCGUGUACGUGGCACAUCUUUGCCCCCACGUUCCAUUCCGCCGAGAAGGAGACCUGGUGCUCGCGACCUGACGCCUUCAGGGACGUCGCGCCGUCCCUAUGGAAAAACUGCACGGGGCAGACAUUGGACUUUUGCUCCAUGCUUGACGUCGUCGCGGCGAACGUAACGGAAAGUGAUUUGUGCGCGAGUUCGAGUAACUUAGGGAGGAUACAGUGCCACGGUUGGGAGUUCGGUGGGCAGGGACAAACCAUUAUAUCCGAGUUUAACCUGGUCUGUGAUAGGAAAAGUUUAACCAGCCUCGCCGAAAUGAUGUUCCUCGCUGGUGUCGCCAUUGGAGGUCUGGUGUGUGGUAUAAUAUCUGAUAAAUAUGGUAGAAAAAGAACCCUAAUGGCAUCUGUUCUAAUCCAAAGCUUACUUGGCACAGCUAUCGCUUUUUCACCCUGGUUUCUAAUGUAUGCCAUACUGAGGGCUGCUCUGGGCUUCAUAUCGGUUUCAGUCGUGUUCAGCGGCUUCGUGCUGUCAAUAGAACUUGUCGGAGGACACUGGAGAACGGUGGCAGGAAUCUCUUAUCUGUUCCCGGUUUCUCUCAGCUACAUGUCAAUAGCUGGCAUCGCCUGGCUGUUAAACGAAUGGAGACAAUUGCAGUUGGCUAUAUCUCUGCCCGGAUUCCUCUUUCUCGGACUGUGGUGGAUAUUGCCGGAGUCCCCAAGAUGGCUGCUGGCCGUUGGUCGCACUCAGGAAGUGAUGGUGAUUUUGGAAAAAGCGGCCAAAGCGAACGGCAGAGACCUUCCUCCAAACAUUGACAAGCAGUUGCUGCCGGAAUCUCCCGAAGAACCAGCGGAAAACGUGAACGUAUUGGAUUUGUUCAAAACAGCGCAGAUGAGGAAGAAAACUGUGUGUUUGUUCCUCAUUUGGUUCAGUGUCUAUUUGGUUUACUACGGACUGGUGCUUAAUCUGGCAAACAUUGGAGGAAAUUUGUACGUCAAUUCUGUGCUCCAAGGUGCUGUGGAGAUCCCAGCGGUGGCCAUAAGCAUAUUCAUUCUACUGAAAGGAGGUAGAAGGUGGCCCCUGUCUCUGACCAUGAUCAUCUCUGGAGUAGCUUGCGCUUGCACGCUGCCUUUAUACCUCUUUCACCAUUUGCAGUGGGCCACCACUUCCUUAGCCAUGUUGAGCAAGUUCUGUAUCAGUUCCUCGAAUGCCGUUAUGCCUGUCUUCACGGCGGAACUUUAUCCCACAACCAUUAGGAAUAUAGGAGUCGGUGCUGCCAACGUGUCAGCAGGCAUUGCGCUGAUGCUGGUUCCGUAUUUGUGGGAUUUGUCUUCAAUCCAUACGAGUGUUCCAAUGUCAAUGUUGGCCUUUUUCGGCAUAUUUGGAGGUCUCUCAGUGCUGUUUCUACCGGAAACUGGUGGUGUCCCACUCAUUGAAACGAUCAAGGAGGUGGAAAACGUGAAAAGGAUGAACGAGGCCGAAACUAGCGAGUCCAAGAGGAUAAACAACAACUGCUGUACAUAAACGGGACUAUAUCAAUAUUAUUUAAACUUAAAUGUGGCUUCUAGUUCCUUACUUUGUUUAAAAAGUGAUUAAAAUACUCGAUUACAUAGACUAUGAUAGCGAUCCUAUCUUGGGACCCUCAGGAGUCAAAGAAAAAGACAUCGAAGCUAAAAAAAAUUUAGGGCAUAUCUAUUUAGCAAUAACCUAAUAGAAGCGAAAA